ACAUUUUCCUUUCAUACGCCCAUUGUUCCAAAAGUGUACACGUUUUUGCCGUGAAUUUCACCGAAGAAGAGCCUUACGUACAAUUUUAGGUCAAAUUUGUGUAAAAAUUACUAAAAAGACAAAUAAAUAUCGCGAAAAUGGCGUUAACUUCACGUUUUUAUAGCGAAAAGUAUCCUGAGGUCGAAGAUGUCGUCAUGGUGAAUGUAUUGUCCAUCGCUGAAAUGGGCGCUUACGUACAUCUGCUGGAGUACAACAAUAUUGAAGGAAUGAUUCUGCUGUCGGAGCUUUCUCGCCGUCGUAUUCGUUCCAUUAAUAAAUUGAUUCGAGUAGGCAAAACAGAGCCGGUUGUGGUGAUACGUGUAGACAAAGAAAAGGGCUACAUUGACUUGUCGAAGCGUCGUGUUUCGGCGGAGGAUGUAGAGAAGUGCUCUGAGCGCUUCGCAAAAGCGAAGGCUGUGAACUCCUUACUUCGACAUGUGGCCGAUAUUCUAGAGUAUGAUUCGAGUGAAAAGUUGGAAGAACUCUACUUGAAGACAGCUUGGCAUUUCGAAAAGAAAUAUAACAGCAAGACCGUUGCGUACGACAUCUUCAAGCAAUCUGUUACAGAACCUUCUGUGUUCGACGAAUGCGGCUUGGAUGAACACACCAAGGAAGUAUUGCUGAAUAACAUCAAGCGCAAACUGGUUUCCCCUACGGUGAAAAUUCGCGCCGAUAUUGAAUGUUCGUGUUAUGGUUAUGAGGGUAUUGAUGCUGUUAAGGCUGCAUUAAGAACAGGAUUGGAUUUAAGCACAGAAGAGCUGCCAAUUCGUAUUAAUUUAAUUGCACCUCCAUUAUAUGUAAUGACAACGUCGACAACUAAAAAAGCUGAAGGAUUGAAAGCUCUCGAAACGGCUAUUGAAAACAUUCGAAAUAAGAUUAUUGAUUCCGAAGGAGAAUUCAAAGUAAUAAUGCCUCCGAAACUUGUUACAGCUAUUGAUGAAGCCGAUUUGGCGCGUCGCCUGGAGCGUGCGGAAGCUGAAAAUCAAGAAGUUGGUGGUGACGAUGAUGAAGACGCGGAUGGCGACCAAGAAGGCAUGCAAUUCGAUCCAGAAAAAGAGUUCAACCACAGAGGCGAACGUGCAGCUGCACAAAAUGACAACGAAGAUGAAGAAGAAGAUGAGGAGGAUGAGUAGUUAUCGAAAGUUAUGUGAAUUCGUUAUGUAAAAUUCUGUUUAAAAACCGAUUAGUGGAAUCAUUUAUAUAUACAUAUAAAGAUUCUCAAGUCUCGCUGGAACAGAGCUUAUUACAAACAAUUUUUUUAAAAGCAACCACGAAUUCAAUCAAAACUAUUGAAAUUGAAAUAAAUCUAAUAGAGGAUUAAUCAUACAUCUUUAGCGUUGUAAAGUCUUAAAAUCGUCAAGUAAAGUUAAAUAGCGGUUAACAUAGGUUUUAUUUGUAACUGCAACCAAAUAUUUUUAAAGGGAUAGAAAAUAUAUAAUUAGCAUUUAUUAUGACCUUUGAAAUCCCUAGGCCAUUUUAACUGUUUUUGAAAAAUUUGACGGUUUUAGGACAAUAAGGACCUUAUGACGUCUUGUGAAUCCCUAUAUGUAUAUCACGUUUUUUGGACACGAAAAAGGUAUAUAAUUUAUGCAAUUAUGGAGUAAAAUUUCAUGAUAAAAUAUAGAAGAACAAAAAAGUGGAAAAGUA